GAGGAGCGUGCUAGUCAGUAGCAUCUGCAGCAUGUCCACACCGUGCGACUUAGUUCAAAUCCUCGCACGGAGGCGUCACACACGCACAUCGUGAGAAAACACCGGUUGACUGACAUCGCCCACGGGUCCCUGCGAGCUGUCUGCGGUGCCCGGUGCCGCUGGAGGGGCGCAGUGAUCCCAUGUCAUUGAAACGACUAGCCCACACAUCUCUGUGUAGCUGCUAGUGUCCUGAGGAAAUGCCGCUGAGGUUUCGCGCUGUUGUACCCUACACGCUUCCCGGAGUACUCGCACUUAUCGGCUGGUGGUGGUACAUCUCGCGGAAGAAAGAGCGGCUCAUCAGUCUUGGCAGCCCUGAGGAGGCGCCGACUGACAUAGGCCUUCGAACAUCUUCAGCAGAGGGUAGCAAUGGUUUGAUUGAAAAAGGCACUGUAUCCCCCACAAUUGACACAGAAUGCCCAACCCACAGACCCCAAAAGGUCACUGACAAGAAAAGCGAUCCUGAGAACAUUUCCUUAAUCCAUGUCCUGGACAGCAAAGCAGCACCUUUACCAGAACUAAAUUCUGGAGAAGCUGCCUCUCUUCUUGGCAGAAUAAGGGGAGAGGAAGUCCAUAAUGCCUGUGUCUUGACGCAACCAGCAUUUGGCAAAGGCGACAGCCUGCAGGUGUCUUGGAAAGACCAUAAAGACCCAGAGACAAGCUCAUCACUUGGUUUGGUAACAGAGUUGGCGAUACACCAGCUCAAUGAACCAGCCUCUGCUCCAGAAGAAGAGGUCUUGCCUUGCCGGUCUAAUGAGGUCACCAGCUGCCCCCCCACAACAGCCUACCUGUCUGACGCAGAGAGGCCUGAGCCAGAAGGAGAAGUUGCAAAGUACCACAGCACUAUUAAUGCCCAAGAUGAGAUCAUUGUUUGUGCAGUCACCCCAGCCAAAGUGCAGAGAGGGAUCCGAUCAGAAGCUGACACUCUUGAAACGCCAUCGGCGCAGGCUUUUCAUCAACCUAUUCUAACGAGCACACCUGCAGAUACGGAUCCAACCUCCAUAGCCUCGACCAUUGCCCAAGACUCCAACACCUCAUCAGUGACCCCAGGGGACAUCCAAAUACACACCAGCAGUGAAGAGGAUCAGGAUCUGGAGCGUCUGGCAGCUGGACUCAUAUGUGGGGUCAUUUCGGCAGCCACUCAGGAGGUCCUUGGGGUUAACAUGUGCCAGGUCACAGACAACAGCCAGCUCAGCUGCAGCAGCAGCACACCACUGGCUAGCAGCAAACAACACUCCCAACAGGAGCCAAUCAUAACUGCACAGCAGGACCACCAUCAUCUACUGACAAGCUCCUCGCAGAUCAGCUGUGAGUCUCGAGAGGCAACAGAGAAAGAACAGCCAGGAAUGACUAAUGGAUGCUGCUCAGCUCCCUUAUGGGAGACCGCUGAGUUCAGGCAAAGGGUUCAUCAGACAAACACUCAGACAGGCCACUGGCCAACCCCAUCGCAGGAAGAAGCACAGAGUGUGCCACUGCUAAACACGCAACUGAAAGGUGAUGAAGUAGCCGUGCUGGCCGAGGACUCAGCAUGCAGCACAUGCCACUCUGAGGAUGGCAUCAGCAGCGAGGACCUUCAAAACAGCAUGUUCGAUAACCAAAUGGAUGUUAUCCAAGUUACAGACUUGUCAGCAAGAGAAGCCACACAGCCUGGGUCGCUGGUUGAGACUGCCACUGACACAUCAGUUUUGGACGUGACUGAAGAAAACUCUGUGGAUGCUGCAUGUGAAAUAAAGAGACUCAACGGAAUGGGCCUGAGGAAUGGAGCUCAUGGGACAUGUGAGGUGGAGACGGACCAGUCGGGAGGCUCUGAUGUGAAUAGUAUGGACUCAAUGGACAGUGGCUGCACCAUGGGUACUGGGGAAAGCCAGAGCAACCACGCUGUCCCCUCGGGCUCUGAGCUCAUCAUCUGGGAGAUCGAGGUGCCAAAGCAACUUGUCGGGCGGUUAAUCGGCAAGCAGGGAAGAUUCGUCAGUUUCAUCAAGCAAAACUCCGGUGCAAAGAUCUACAUCUCCACCCUGCCUUACACCCAGGACUUCCAGAUCUGUCACAUAGAGGGUACGCAGCAGCAGGUGGACAAAGCCCUGUCGUUGAUUGGGAAGAAGUUCAAAGAUCUGGACUUAACAAACCUAUAUGCACCCCCAGUGCCCCAACUCACAUUGCCAUCACUUCCUAUGACCUCCUGGCUCCUGCUCCCCAGUGGAGUGACAGUUGAAGUGAUAGUGGUGAACAUCGUGUCAGCCGGCCACAUCUUUGUCCAGCAGCACACGCACCCCACCUUCCACGCCCUGCGAAGCCUCGACCAGCAGAUGUUCCUCUGCUACUCCCAGCCUGGCACCCCGGCCCUGCCCUCACCUGCUGAAGUUGGUGUGAUCUGUGCAGCUCCGGCGGUGGAAGGUGCCUGGUGGAGAGCCCAGGUCAUCACCUUCUAUAAAGAAACCAAUGAGGUGGAGAUUAGAUAUGUGGAUUACGGAGGCUAUGACAGAGUGAAAAUCGAUUCAUUACGACAAAUAAGGUCUGAUUUUGUAACACUACCUUUUCAAGGUGCUGAAGUGCUGCUCGACAGCAUCGCCCCGAUUCCAGGAGAGGAUCGUUUUUCACCAGAGGCGACAUCGGCGUUGGAGGAGCUGACCAGAGGAGUGGCGCUGCUUGCACAGGUAUCGAACUAUGACAACAACACAGGCCUCCCGCUGGUCCACCUGUGGAACAUGGUCGGAGAGGAGGUGAUUUCAGUGAACCGUACCCUGGCAGAGAGAGGCCUGGGUUCUUGGGUGGAGGGAUUUUGAACUCCUAACAUGCUCUGAACUCGACACCACAGCAAUCUGGUAUCCUGACCCGUGCCCCCAGCCCUGCCACUGGAUCUAAGAAGAUUGUUCUUCCCGACUUUCUCUCAUCAUUUUUUUUUUUGUUUUCUUUUGUUGUGGUUGUCCUCGUUACCCUCCCUCAUUCCUUUUGAAAAGAAAAUUUAAAGAUUGUUUGCAGGCAUAAUCUAAAAGAACCCAGCACUGCUUUAAAAUGAGACAACCUCCCCCUCUUGUACUUGUACAAAAAGAACUCCAAGAAGGAAAGGGAAGAGGUACUUGGGAAAUUUUUUUUUAAAGAAAAAUCUAUAUUAUAACUAAAUAAAGGUGCAGCAAAUAUUUUUUCCUCCCCCAUCCUACCUUCAUUUUUGCUCUGGGCCUUUGCACUUUGACUGUGGAUCAUCAUGCUGUGUGGAAGGACUGGCGCCUCCAUCAGACUAUGUAGAGUGAGUUUCACUGACACAUCAGCUAGAGUCGCCUGUAGGGCUUUGCUUUUCAAACUUGACUCAGCAGAUGAUGUGGUCAGAGAGUCACCUGGAUGGAAUGAGGGGGGGCAGAGAAACUGAGACUGUUGACCCUGGUGGAGCACAGAGCACCCAGCUGGUCUGUUCAGCCCUGUGGCCUCAUGAGACAUGGACUUCUCUGGGGUCUCCCUCAAGAGCUGCAGCACCUCCAGCUCGUAUAGAGGAGCGAGCUGGUUGCCUCUGCUCUAUGACUCUCCACCAACUUUCACUGCGUUACAGAAGAACCAGGAAUUUCAAGCACCCAGACAACAAGCAGUUGAAAAGCUUUUCCCAGUGGAACUUGGAAAGUUGGGCAAUAGUUCUCAGUCAUUAUUUCCAAGGUGCAUUUUUCUAACGGCCUGUUCAAGGUGACAUCCAGCUGAUACGCUUCUUUGUGUUGGGCCUGUUUUACAUUUGUUCUCUUUUUAAAAACUGACUUUACUAUAUUGUAGUGGCUCUAAGUCCUAACAUUGAGUGUCCCCAAAGUCCUGAGACCUGAUGAUACACACUCACUGAGCACUUUAUUAGGAACACCUACCUAUUCACGCUGCAAUCUGUGGAACAAUCCAUAGUCAUGGAGACACAGGUCAGACGCUUCAGUUAAAUGUUCAGUGUGUAGAAUUUAGUGACAUCUAGUGGUGAAGGUGCAUUUGGCAGCUGAAAAGCCCUCACUUCACCCUCUCCUCCAAAACAUGAGAACAUGUGGUAGUUUGUCCAGUUUGGACGACUGUAAAAAAAACAACAUGGCGGCCUCCAUAGAGAUGACCUGCUCCUGUUGUACAUAUAAUGUAUUUAAAUAUAAAAGUCCCAUUCUGAAUUAAAGAAAAUAAACUUUAGAUGAACAUACACUAUUGAAAACAUCCCUAGGAUUAUUUUAUAUUAAAUUCCUGCUAAUCGAUCCCAUUCACCUGACUCCUACACACUGAACUUUUUAAUGUUCACAACAGAGUGACUAAAAAUCUGAUCCCUGGGAGUGUAGGGGCCAGAUCUGCUGGUUUGAGUAUUUCUGAACCUGCUGAUCUUGUGAGAUUCUCAGUUUCUUGUGUCCAAAUGGAGCCAAACAAUAUCCAGUGAACAGAAGCUCUGUAAUUUAUAAGCGAGGUCCAAGGACAAUGGUCAGACUGGUUAGGGCCAACAGAUAAUAUAACAGCUGCAGUAACUGAUGACCACUCUUAACUGUGGUGAUGAGAAUAGUGCCUCAAUCUGCAGCUGACCAAUCUGCAGAGAGGAACUAACCAGUGUGAGGGCACGGUCACACACACACACACAAAUGUUUCAGUGGUGAACCUUCGCCUCCAGUUCACUUCCAAUCUGUGUGAGCAAAGAGGUGAUUUACUGAAUUACUUCCUCUAGCGAGGCAGAUUGCAGCAUGGCAUCCUGUGGACAACUUUCACCCGCGAUACGUUCGACUGGCCAUCUGUGUGGUGUUCCCAACAAAGUGCUCAGUGGAUUUAUAUACAGUACAUUAGUGCACAAGAUAUUUCUAUGGAGAUCAAAAACACAAUCUGAAUAAUUUAGAUUUAGAAGAUGUUCAGCAACUAUUUCACGUCCCCAGGUUUAAUCCUAAUUCCAAAGAAAGUUGACUGUCAGCUGGUUGCAGCAUUAAUACAUUUUAUUAGUGAUUAAUGUGACGUAAGGGCAGACUGCUGCUGUUACGCUGACUUCAGUGAGGGACCCAUGAAAAAGGAAGUGUCACUGCUUCCCUCACUAUAGACCUGCUGCGUCGUAUGGCACAUUUUAAACUUAGCAAUGCACGACACUGACAGUUUUCAUCAGGCUGAUGCCUGUGUUCACUAGCAGAGCAGAGCCUUGUUCUUCACAUGUGGACAACAGUUAACUUUAUCUUUCAAUUCUUCAGAUAAUCACUACCUUAUGCCCAAACCUGAGGAAUGCUGAGCUGGUGUAGUGAAGCGUUAACAUUCGUGAUCCUGGAUAGAAAGUAUCAUGAAGCUGAUCUUCAGCUGACUCUUAACUCUGGGUUUUCCACUCUUGCUGUCAGCGUUAUUCAUGUGGAAGUUCAUCAUCAGAGACAUUGGCUUCUUGAGGUGAACAUUUUUAAUUUGAACAAAAUGCAACAGCAGAAAGAAGUAUUGAAAUAUUCAAAUAACAGCUAUGAAUUCAUGAGCAAUCAUCUGUUUUCCCUCUCUCUGGAGGCCGGGCAUCACUCUCAGAUGUUACAUGUGAGAAUUUAACAGUAAUCUGUCUGACCUGAAGGAUGCUCUUGUGAUUUAAUGGGAGCUAAUUAAGAGCAUGUGGAUUUAUUUGUCUAAUAAUAGACUAGGAAUACGAAAUAGGAAUAGGAAAGGCCUCGACUGCUGUCCACUUCAGGCACAAGUCAUUAUUAAUAUCUGUGCAGCCUGUGGUACCAUGGUAAUAUAUCCCAGUUAACUGUGAGCCAGAUUAGUGAUGCACAAAAAUGUGAAUAACAAUUUGAGAGGAAAAAAACGGGAUCAAACCAAGUCUGCUGAUUGAGAAACAGGAUGACUUCAGAUGGAUGACAUCUUGUUGAAGGGAGUUUGACAAGACACUCAGGGAUUAUUGUUCGCAGAUUAGUUACCAGGUUAAUGAUCUAGUAAACACGACAUAUGUUCAGAUGAAGAACAAGUUAAAACAUUAAAAGGGGGUUGAUGAGGACGAGGCCACGGUGUUGAUGUGAGGAUCUAUGAUAACUUUGGAUUUAAGAACCGGAUCUAGACGUGCUGAUGCUGGUCACCAAACCCCUGGAUUAGUUUAUCCACAUGUGAAGAACAGUGUCCUGCUGUGCUGGGAGCAUUUUACCACGGGUUUUAACUUCUAUCUCUUCAACUGUCUUUUCACUAUUGUAGACAUUUGUUUAUUUUUGUCAGACAUGUUCAUCAGUAUCAUGCAGUCCGACCUUCCCUGUGUUUGCAAAUAUAUACUAACAUUCGACUCAGCUGGACGUGGCUGAGUGAAGAAGGGAUUCCUUUCCACAUUAUGACUCUAAUUCUAAAUAAUGUUGGAUCGACAUAUGUCAUAGUUUUAAUGAGGUUUUUCAGUGGAAAAAAAUGUUAUUCUAGCAAUAAGGCAGCUUUAUUUGGACUAUUUGAAGGACAGAAUGUUGGGUGGCGGGGGGGGGGGGUAUUAACUGUUUAAAUAUCUGACACUCAUGUCUAGAAAGAUAACCGCUGUUAACGGUAACACACUGUAGGUAAUCAACACUUGUUCAGUUCAAUAAUUUAUCUCAGGAAUGGUUAAUAGGGUGAUGAAAGCAACAUGCACGAGGGCAGCUGAUGGUGGAUUGUGCUAGAAAACAUUGGAUAGUGACGUGCAGUAAGUGGGUCGUCCGUGUGUGUGUGUUGACCUCCUGACGAAGGUCAACACACGUCGGUGCUGGGAUCGGAGCAGUAGCCAUAUUGUCUGUCCCUGGCCUGUGUGCAUCCUUCCUGUUUCACAUGAACUCUGCUCCUCUCUCUCUCUCUCUCUCCUUUUUUUAAACAGGUGUUUAAAAUAACCCUCAUCCAUCCCGCCGCUGCCCCCUGCUGCCCAUAGACCCUGUAGACUAGUGUUAAUUUCUUUGUAAAUAAGAUAUUGGACUGUACUUUUCUAUAACACUGGAGAGAACAAGCUAUAAAGGGAACAUUUUUUUUUGUUUGGUCUGCUCUAGUUAAUCCCCCCCGCCUCCCCAGUCAACUCACUCACUGUUCUCACACCGUGGGACUGAUUUGUAAGUGUUUGCACAGCUAGACAAGUCAUCAUUUGAUUAUUUAAAUGGAUGUUAAGCUGUCGUUGCCUAAAAGCAUUUAACAUGUACAGAUCAGUUUUUUUGCUAGGCUCAUCUUUAAGUUUGAUUUGCUGAUUGUACAGAUCUAUUAGGGAGAAAAAAAUAAAAGUUAUUGAAAGUG